CACUCAAUCCAUUUUGGAUGGCAUUUCGUAAACAACACCGCGAGAAGCUCGCGUUUGUUUUCGCAUCAGCGAUUAUUAUUUUGGCAAAUUCCCCCUGAAAAUCGGUAAAAUUUCGCGGAAAACGACGAUAAUGUGAACCGCAAUUGUCGGAGGAUUGUGAGGAGCGUAAAAAUUGCCGCUGCAGCUACCAAAUAGUGAGACAAUGGAGAUUAUUCCCAACUCGUACAUUGCUCGCGUCGUUUUGGCCUAUCUAUACGAGGAGAAGUUGAAUCAGGCGGCGAUCGAGUUUUGCAAGGCUAGUCCUUAUCUGCGGGAGGAACGAGAUUUCGUAAAACGAGGAUUUCGUCCGGCCACUUGUAUCAGCUUGAAGCUGACGGCGCUUUUCCGGGAGUAUGGCGAGAUUCAGCAAAAAGUGGACAGCUUCGUGGAGAAGCACGGCGUGGAGUUGGACAUCCAGCAGGACCUGCCGCUGGUGAAGAAGGUGGACGUGGUUUUGGCCCUUUUGAAGCAGUUACGCUUCCGAAGGAAAAGCGUUGAUGAUGUGGGAGUGAGUGUUACAAAGAAGGAAGUUAGGAAAUCGGCAGUGGGUUGUAAGCGGAAAAGGGCAGCGCCUUCGCCUCAUCCGUCGAUGUCCAGCAGCACCCCGGAGGUGGGCGAACCCCAGAAGAAGCGAGUUUGUACCAAUCCGGCUUCGUUCAUAGUGUUGAAUGAUAGCGGGAGGAAUUUAUCGAAUUUGUCGCAUAUUUCUCCGAUCGGAGACGACAGUACGCAGGAAUCGUGCCGGGAAGACUAUGAAGGGGUGAACGAAGGCCAAGGAAAGGGGACGGAGGAAGAUGAUGAACCGCUGGACGUGAGGAAAUUUCCUUCGAUUGAUUUGUUCUCUCAGACACUGCUGGAGAAUGAGAAUUAUCCGGAAAAGAUAGCGGAUUUGAUUAACAAGGGGCUGGAGUCAUCGAUGAGUACCCAAACUGACCCGAAGGAAGGUCCCAGUGGGAUACGAGAGGAAACAAUCAAAGAAGUGGUGACGGAAAGCGAGCCCAAGGCUCAAGAUUGUCAAUCGUUUAAUUUUAACUUUGACGAGUUGAUCUCGAAUAUAGUGAAAAGUGCCGUUAAGGAUCCAGUCUUCGAUGAUAUUCUGGACGAUAUCAGCAGUAAGGCAGUCAAAACCCAGAAUGGUAAUGAGGAGUACGAAACGACGACGACGCCUCCACCGGAAACGCCGUUGAAGGAUAGGUUAAGAAAGACCGAUCGGAAGAACUACAACCCGACAUCGGUUAAGCGAUCUACGAAGAAAGUUAAGGUCAUUUCGGAUGUUCCGUACUAUGGAGGAAUCCCGGAAGGGAUCGACGUUGAGAAAUCUCAGCCGGCUGCGAUAACCGUUGUGAAAAUGGAACCAUCUGCGCCAGUUUCGGAAAGUUUGAAUAUACUGCCGGAAGGGACUGUUGUUCCUUCGGCUGUCUUGCCAACUCCCACAGCUGAUCAACCGGUCCCUGUAUCUACAACCCAGUUUUAUGUGAUUCAACCAGACAACACUACAAAGCUAGUAGACAUCAAUCAACUUCAGUUUCCCACCCAGCAAUCAGCAAUUAAUUUAGCGGAUCCUUACGGUACGGCGCCACCAUCAAGUACUUUGGUUCCCAUCACCGGAGCGGGCAUUCCGGAUAAUACCUACUUCAUUAAUGUCCCGAAUUGUUGUCUAGAGGCGAAUAACCAGCUUCCGGUAUAUUACAACACUUACCCUCCUUCGGGACUUGAACAAUCCGUGAGUAAUGCGGCCAUCACUGUUAUACCCGAACCUAGUCCAGACAAGUUCCUUAUUUUCCCAUCCUCGACCUCUGGCACCUCAACCAUCAGUACUACGGCUAAUGCUUUCGCCACCACAUCCGUCGUGAGUAGUUCCUGUACGCCAACCGUAUCUGCCGCCGCCAUCAACCGAAUCUGUUCGCAAUUCGUCCCUCUGGUUCCCAAAUCGGAAGUCAAAUCUACCACUCUUCAGAGCGCUGUUACAGAGGAAAUCCCCAAAGUGGAAAUCAGGUUUACCCCACAAGACGCUGUCGAGAUGGUUCCCAAAGAAGAAGUCAAAUCCACGCCGCAGAACUUCAUUCUGAACACUAAAGUGCGCAGCAACUCAACUCCCAGCCGCAAAGCGUCGCACAUCCGAAUUCUCAACUUUCACACACCGGCAAAGCAGUCCCCCUUAGCAGCGGGCACUUCCGACAGGAUACAAACUCCAGGCUCCGCCCCACCGUCUGUCGAUCCGAGGCCCAGUCGUAUCCCCACGCUGGUCGAACGGAUGGAACCUAUCAUGGAGACCAGCAUCAAACAGGAACCAUCCAAGACCCCCGAGAAGCUUACCGACGAAAUCGUACCCAUUUCCGGUCCCGCCCUAAAUCCGAACUCCGUCUCCAACACGCCCCGAGUCGCUAAAGAUCCCCGCACUUGCGUCCGUGUGCUGUCCCGAUCGACCAGCGAGGAAGCCGUCGUCGAGCCCCAGAAACCGAUGGUCGAAAUCCCUGCCAAAGCCAUCGUCGAAGCCCCAAAACCUAUGGUAGAAAUCCCCGCCAAAGCCGUCGAGGAGGUCCAGAAGAAGAUCCCCCCGCCAAGGAUCCUGAUCAACGAUUCCGAAAUGGAAGAAUGGCGUCGGAUCCGAUCGGUGUCCAAGUCCAACUUCGACCAGCACCUGCGACUCAUGGAGGAACAACGACUCAAGACCACCGCCCGGACACCGAUGCUCAAGAAGCGCAAAAAACUCAACAAGAAGGCAGCUAAACGGAAGACACCCUCUGUGGCCGCUUCCCCGGAAGAUCCGAUCGAAACUCCGAUCAAGGCGGACGAUUCGCUGGAGUCGAUGGACAGGACAGACAACAGCAUUACCGACGUUCACGCCAAAAUGCUGGAGGAUGCUUUGGCCUCGGCGAAGAAACCGGAAAGCGAGAAAUCAUCAGGAAAAACUCCGCCCAAAGCCAAAACUCCGGCCAAGGAGCCGGAACCGGAACCAGAAGAAGAACAGGCGAGUAAAAUCUACGUAAAAAUCGCUACCCCUCGAAAGAAGACCCCGUUGAAGGCGAGUCCGAAACGGAGGCUAUCCAAAGGCGACAAAUCGGUGAAGAAACGGCGCACCAGUAGUCCCCGGAAGCGGGAGGUGGUUCAGAAGGUGGUCCAGGAAGUCCAACAAACGGAAGUGGUGACCGUGGUGGAGCAGAACGAGGUGGUGGUUGAAGUCGUUCAAAAAACCACGGUAGAGGUGAAGCAAAGCGAGGUGGCUGUGGUCGCGCCCGAACCGGAACCGGAAACACCAGUUAAGGUGGAAGAAAGUUCGUUAUCGCAGGUGGAAGAGACGCCUCCUGAACCGCCAAAGCCAGUGAAGGAUCACCCAAAACUGUUAGCCAAGAAAUCGAGCGCGGAAUAUGUCCGCAAGGAGCAAGAGGAAUCAGCAUCUGCGGCCAACACAAGUUCCUGCAGUCAGGAAACUCCACCAGAAAAACCCCCCUCCGUUCCGAUCGAUUGCUCGUUUGGAACUUCCCUGUUCCUCGAAACCCCGUUCAAAUCGGAUUUGGGAAGCAUUCCCAUCACGCCUCGUUUUCUGAUGCCGAAUCAGAUCGAGAACACGCCCAUGUUGAAGUUAAUCCGGGAGGGCAUCGAGGCGAAUUCCUCGAUGAAAAAGUCCGGGGACAUCCAUACGCCCAAUUUCCCGAUCACCCCGGGGCUGGUCAGCACACCCAAAUCGAUCAAUUCGGUAAGUCCGCACAGCGCGGGUGGAACCGGGGGCUUCAACUCUCGUCGAACGGAUUACUCCUCCGGAAGUUCUUACUACAAACCGGAUGAAUCCGAAGAUCUGGAUAAGAAUCUUGAGGCCAUGCUGCUUGGCGAACGAACGAAGCGAAAGGUGGAACCAACCGGUGAUCUCUCGCUGGAAAAGGAAACAGUCGAUGAGCCACUUCCGCCACCGGAAGUCAAUCCCAUCCUCGAGACGAGCCCGCAAAAACCGGAAGAGUAUCGGGGGAAUAUCAGUGCUUCUUCGUCCGAUUCCUCCAGCACUUCCGGGUCGUCAUCCUCCGGUUCCUCCAGCUCCAGUGACGCAAGCUCUCCGGAAAACACUCCGACCAAAGGACAGCAGGAACAUCCUUUGCCUAGUCCAAUAAAACCGUCCACGUUGUACAUCAACGCCUUGGAAGCUCGGCGCCAGCAGCAGGCGGAACUAGAAGCCAAAAAGCAGCGAACAAUCGCCCGUAUGAAGAACGCAAAACCUGCUCCCUUGAAAAAGACGGAACGGAAGUUCAUCGCUCCACCCGGUUUCAAGUCCCGGAAGGUGGUCGUCGCUCGGAAGGAUCCCCCUCCGAAGGCAGCUCCACCUCCGAUACCAACGACUCGCGUAGCCCCAUCCGCUUCCUCCAAGCGCAAGAAUCCCACCCCCCGCAAAGUGGUCCUCUUGGAAAAGAUCCUCCCGGUAAUCUCCAAAAAGCACUCUCCCAAACGGAGAUCACAAGAAGCAAACCGGAAGUCGCCCCGUUCGUCGCUUCCAAUCACCGAGCAGGACGUCAAACGGAUCCUGACCCCUCGGAAAGAUCAAAUCAUCGAGGGAACUUACGAAAAUGAGAACCUGGCCCAUCUUCGAUGCACUCCGGACAUUCCGGAUCUGGAGACCGACAAGAAACCCGUGUACGCCUUCCAGAGCCCGGAACGGGUCGUCGUCGAACCGGACCAGUCCAAGGGAACACCCGACUCCAACAAGGAGAACCAAUCUCUGGAAGAACCAAAAGCACCCACCUCCAAACCGGAAGUAACGGUUGAGAGCAGCGAGGAGGACGAAGACUUCGCUUACAACGAGUGUUCGUUAGGUUCCUGCUUCGAUGACAGCGCGUGCAAAUCGUACAUCCGGUUGGUUCACAACGAGAAGAAGCCCACUGCCGUCGGUGUGCGUUCCGCGGAAAUCCCACCCAUCAAACGGAUGAACAUUGUGAUGGAUGGAUACAAAAUCUGCCUCGAAUCGCAGGACCCAGUUGUGCUGUUUGAAAAAUCACCCAAGAAGCUCCCAGCUUCGACCGUCACUCCCCACAAAAAGGAUGGCCCCAGUAAGGCCAACCGAGGAGGCCCAACGAAAAAAUCAUCCAAACCAGUGGCGAAACCAUCAAACCCGGUCCCGGUUCCGACCGGAAGCUCGACAUCUUCCAUAAAGGCGAAAAUCACGUUGGUAUCGGCCGUGCGGGAAUCGUCCCUACCGAAAAGCAAGUUAAAGACGGCAGAACGGCUCCAGGCCGCAAAACAGCAACGUCGCCAGCAGGAAGUGCUGGCAGCUGCUUCGAAGAAGCAGAAACCUGAUCCGCUUGCGGCGGAUAAGGCCAGGACAAAGCAGCCUCCGGCACCGGUGGAGGAUCUUAGCGUUGCUUCCAGCAAAGAACUACCGGUGUCGCCUUCGCCGAAAAUGCCUUUAAAGCUGGACAUGAAAAAGAAGCAACAACAGCAGCAGCAGGACCGUCGACCCUCGGUGACGGAGCCCGACGCUAGCAACACUGAAUCUGUAAAAGAUGCACCAAAAGAGGAGACGAAAGAAGGUGCAGCGGCAUCUGUGACAAAGCAAGUCGCAGGCGGAGAAUUUGCAAUCGACGCCGUUCUGACGCAUAUUCACGGCUAGAGAGAGACAGAUGGAGGAGGAAGUUGUAGGAGACAUUGUGUUUGAGUACAAAUUUUGAGCUUUGCGACUAAUUAAGAGGACAGUUGACUACGAAAUCGUGUUUCUUGUAAGGAAUAGUAUUCGAGACUAGGCACAUAGGGAGCUGAAGCUGUACAUUUUCUGUUUGUAUAGACGAUGCGUUCUAUAUUUGACUAUCGAUGGAUGUUAGUUCUAUAACGCCGAGAAUAUCAAAAAACGCUUAUGUUUAAAUAUAUCUAUGUAUUUCUCUAUAUUUUUGACGUUAAACUACUUUUAUACACUCAAUAAACUGUAAGUAACUGGUACAGUAAGUAAGGUA